AUGAUUUCUGAUUCGAUCCCUAACGCUUCAAUGCCUUUGGCUUCAUCUAACACCAAAGAUUAUGCCAAGAAAAAAAGGGUUAAUCGGUCUGCAAAAUUGAAGCAGUGCAAACUUGAUGCUCGUCGCGACCAGUGGCUAUCUCAAGUGAAGAAUAAUGGCAGCCAUAAGGAGGGCGUGAGUGGUGACGGAGGGACAUGUGGUGUGCCAUCAGUGCAUUUGGACAAUCAAAGGAGGCACCUACCGACUGAGAAGCUAGAAAUAAAGCCGACAAGUGCGGAGGAGAAUUAUGGAGAUGGAUCGUCAAUGCAUCAUUACAAUGAUUUGGAGUCAUCCCCUGCAAACAGCCUCAGCAACUACACCAGUGUCUUGUGCAUUGACAAUUCAGGAGUCAAUUUUACUGGGAGUGGUAGAUGCAGCAGCCAAAGCAGCAUUGGUAGUAUUAAUGGAUGUUUUCCGGGUAGCAUGAGUGAAGACAAUGAGGGGGAUGAUUAUGAUAAUGGGUGCUUGGAUGAUUGGGAGGCUGUGGCCGAUGCCUUGGUCGCUACCAAUGACAAGCAGAAAGAGCAUAUCCCUGAGACAGGAUCAGAUUCUCUGGUUCUGGAGAAACAUGUAAAUGCUGCCCAAUCUGAUUCUAGGUCAGAAAUAUCAAACCUGUCAGAUUCAAGAGUUGAAAUUACAAAGUCAAAUCCAGAAAGUGAGGGAGCUGCAACACAUAGUUCUCCGGUAAAUUACCAGGCAUGGCGCCCUGAUGAUGCUUUUCGUCCUCGUGGCCUGCCUAGUUUGUCAAAGCAGCAUAGUUUCCCCUUAAAUUCAGAGCGCCAUUUUGGUCGAGGAGCUUCUGUUUGGGGAUGUAAGAUUGUUCGGCCAGUCCCCACAUCUUGUCCAAUAUGCUGUGAGGACUUGGACUUCACAGACUCGACAUUUAUCCCAUGUUCAUGUGGGUUCCGGCUCUGCCUUUUCUGUCACAAGAGGAUUCUUGAGGAGGAUGGGCGCUGUCCAGGCUGUAGGAACCAGUAUGAUUGUGAACCUGUCGAGGGAGAGGCAACUUUAGAUGGAGGCAGCUUGACGUUUCAAUUGGCUCGUUCUUGUAGCAUGAUAUCGAGGUCUUAG